UAGUAACCUCAUUUCCUCAAGCUUUUCGUUUCAAGAACGUCAUUUUCUCAUUCUCCUCAUUUCCAUAGUUUGUCUCAGAAACCCUAGCAGAUGCAAAGAAACCUUCAGGCUGAAGACGAAGAUUGUUUCCAGUAACUCAUUUGCAGGCUAAGGUACAUGGAUAUCCAUCUUCAUUUCGUUUUCAUAGUUGUCGUUAUUAGCUUGUUGUCUUCUCUGUAGUCUCACGUAUUCCUUAUUCGUUGUGAUUAGGUCAUGAGUGAUCGGUUUGAGUGUGUUGUACAUCAUGGGGAUGUGUUUACUGAGUUUAAUAGGUUAGGUUAUGAUGGGUUAGAGGAGAUUUGGGGGGUUAACCCGGAUUAUUGGAGUUAUUUCGAGGUUAUGGAUAGUUUAAAAGAACUAGGGUACCCAAAAGUAGAUAGUUUGUGGUAUUACGAUGCAAUGGAUGAUAAUGAGUUAGUGAUGUUGAAAGACGACACAUGAACAACUAGAAUGAAAUUUAUUGCAUUGAUUAAUGGGAAUGUGCAUCUAUAUGUCAUGUAUCCAGUUGAAGCAGAAGCUGAACUAAUUAAUGAGGAUGUGGAUGAAUUGAAUAAUGCUGCUAUAGUAGGAACUUUUGAUGAGUUGGGGACCAUUGAAGACUUGAAUAACCUAGGUGACAAUGUUGAUGAAGGAGGGCUCACUGGUGUAGAAGAAUCAUCCAACCAAGAAGAUCCUUUUGGGGAAUUUAAUAAGGAUGGGACCACUGGGAACUCAAAUGAGAAUGUUAACUUUGAGGGGGACAUUGUGUCUGUUGAUGCUAUAGUGGAUAUCACUUUAGAUGGGACCACUGAGGCUGUUGAAUUUGACCAAAUAGCUGAGAGACUAGUUGGUAACCACAAUGAUACAGAAGGACUAAAUAGUUACAAGGAAUCUGAGGAGAAGGGCAAAGGUGCCAAGAAACCCAAGGUUGGAAUCCUGACUUGAAGCUGAGGGAUAUCAUGGAGAAAACAAAACAAAAGUGGAAUUUAGGGAUCAAUAAGACACUUGCAUACAGAGCUAACUCAAUUGCAGUUGACAUUGUAGAUGGUUCUUUUAGGGAUCAAUAUACAAGAAUCCAUGAUUAUGGACAUGAGCUUUUAAGGUCCAACCCUGGUUCAACUGUGGUUAUUAGUAGUCAACCUUGCCAACCAAGUCAAGGUGGAGAGGACAAUACUGAGAAUAUUGAUAGGCCUUUGAAUCCACACUUCCAAAGGAUAUAUAUCUGCUUCAAAGCUUGCAAGGACAGUUUCUUCAAGUGUAGACCUAUUAUAGGUUUGGAUGGAUGUUUUUUGAAAGGCUACUAUGGGGGACAAAUCCUUGCAGCAAUUGGGAGGGAUCCUAUUGAUCAAAUGCUGCCCAUAGCAUAUGCUGUAGUUGAGGAAGAAACCAAAGAAUCUUGGAGCUGGUUUUUGGAAUUAUUAACAACUGAUUUGGGAGGUGUCCGAAUAUGCAAGACAUACACAUUUAUAAGUGAUCAACAGAAGGGUUUGUUACCUGCACUUGAAGAGUUGCUACCAGGAGUUGAUCAAAGGUUUUGUGUUAGGCACUUAUAUAGCAAUUUCAAGAAGAAGUUUCCUGGUGUCAAAUUAAAGGAGUUGAUGUGGAAGGAUGCUUAUGCAAGUCAUCCAAAUGCUUGGGAGAAAAUUAUGAGACAAAUUAAAGAUAAGAAUCCAGAUGCCUUUAAUCACAUUUGGAAGAUCCCACCUAGAUUUUGGAGUAAAUCAAUGUUUAAAAGUGGUCCAAAAUGUGACACUUUGGUGAAUAAUAUGUCUGAAGCAUUUAACUCUGUCUUUGUAAUUGCAAGAGCCAAGCCCAUUGUGACUAUGCUUGAAGAGAUUAGGGUGUAUCUGAUGAUGAGAUGGGAGUCUAACAGGAAAAGGAUUGCAAAAUAUAAUGAUACUAUUCUGCCCAAUAUCAGAAAGCAGUUGGCAAAACAAUCUUAG